CAUGCGAUUACUCCGCCAUUUUUUUGCGCGUUUCAGAAACGCGUUUUCGAUUCGUGGUUUUUAUUUGUGGAAAAAUAUGUGAAAUGCUCCUGCGGCAAGCAGCGAACUGGCAGAAUUGAGAACACAGGACCCACCAGACCGACCCAACGACCAGGUGCCUCUCCGGAUUUCGCUGCUUGCGAGGAAGUGAUAGCGUGCCGAAGGCAGACGCAUGUGUUACGCAGCAGAGUUCCGAUUUUCGCACCGCAAAAACAUAAUUGGCAUCGAGGACUGGAGAUUUUGGAGUGAGCUAGUAGCAGGAGCCAACGCCAACCGCGGGCAGCCAUGAGUUUUUCCAGCGACGAGGUGAACUUCCUGGUUUACCGAUACCUGCAGGAGUCGGGCUUUCUACACUCGGCCUAUGUGUUUGGCAUCGAGUCGCACAUCUCGCAGAGCAAUAUCAAUGGAGCCCUGGUACCGCCGGCCGCCCUGCUGACCAUUCUGCAGAAGGGCCUUCUCUACACCGAGGUGGAGUGGAGCGUGGGUGAGGACGGCGAGGUGGCGCGACCCAUCGAGGGACUCUCGCUGAUAGACGCCGUCAUGCCAGAGGUGAAGCCCCCCAAGCCCAUUGUGAAAACGGAGCCGGGGAAACCCGGUGCGGUGGACUCCUCCGCCCCCGCCGGUGGCAACCAGAACAGCAACGCCAAGCCAGAGAUUAAAAUCGAACCGGGAACCGGAGCAGCGGGCUCAGCAGCUGGAAACAAGGCCACCGGAAGCACCACGGGCACCAGCACGCCCACAGAUCAGACGCCCAGCGAGGUGGACUCCAGUGGGAACACGGCAAACAACACUGGCAGUACUUUCGCUGGAAACAAUGGGGCUGGAGGCAAUCCAGCGAGUACUACGGGCGCCAAUAGCACAAGCACCCCGGCUUCCGGAGAUUCAACAGCAGCGAGUGGAGCUCAACAGAAAUCAAAGAACUCCAACGAGGCGGGCAGCUCAUCUGGCGGCAAUGCGGGAAAUGCGAAUGCCACCAGCACCGAUGAUGCAGCCUCCUCCACUUCCACAAAUGGCAAUAGCAGCACCUCCAGCAGCGUAGAGCAGCCCUCAAGCGGGGUGACGCCCGCUGGGGGCGCUGUAUCCACCUCCAAUUCCGACGCAGCAGCAGCGGGAGGAGCAUCGACGACAGCGGGAACGAAGGCGCCUAGUGGAGCGGUCACGAUUCGCGUGGGGGCCCAAGGGAACAAUGUUCAGGCGGGUUCGUCCACUGCUCAGAGCUCGGCGCCCAGUGGAACCAUCUCGUCGUCCACCGGCGGAGGCGCCGGAACUCCCGCCGCCCUUGUGCCCAUGGACAUCGACGAGAGCAUCGAAAUACCCGAGUCCAAGGCUCGAGUUUUGCGCGGCCACGAGAGCGAGGUGUUCAUCUGCGCCUGGAAUCCGAGCAGGGAUCUACUGGCAAGUGGUUCCGGAGACAGCACAGCCAGGAUAUGGGACAUGUCCGAUGCGAACACCAACUCCAAUCAGUUGGUUCUGAGACACUGCAUACAGAAGGGCGGCGCCGAGGUGCCCAGCAACAAGGAUGUUACCUCUCUGGAUUGGAAUUGCGAUGGCUCCUUGCUCGCUACCGGCAGUUACGAUGGCUAUGCCCGGAUAUGGAAAACAGACGGUCGGCUGGCCUCCACUUUGGGCCAACACAAGGGUCCAAUCUUCGCGCUGAAGUGGAACAAGUGUGGCAACUACAUCCUCUCGGCGGGUGUGGAUAAGACGACGAUUAUCUGGGACGCAUCCACGGGUCAGUGCACGCAGCAAUUCGCCUUCCACAGUGCUCCCGCCUUGGAUGUGGACUGGCAGACAAAUCAGGCCUUCGCCUCGUGCAGUACGGAUCAGCGGAUUCAUGUGUGCAGGCUGGGUGUAAAUGAACCCAUCAAGACAUUCAAAGGACACACAAACGAGGUAAAUGCGAUCAAGUGGUGUCCGCAGGGCCAGCUUCUGGCGUCCUGCUCCGAUGACAUGACCCUGAAGAUCUGGAGCAUGAACCGGGAUCGCUGCUGCCACGAUCUGCAGGCGCACUCCAAGGAGAUCUACACGAUAAAGUGGUCGCCCACGGGGCCGGGAACCAAUAAUCCAAACACAAACUUGAUCCUCGCCUCGGCUUCGUUCGAUUCCACGGUAAGACUGUGGGACGUGGAACGGGGUAGCUGCAUCCACACGCUGACCAAGCACACGGAGCCAGUCUACUCGGUGGCCUUCAGUCCGGAUGGCAAGCACUUGGCCUCCGGCAGCUUCGACAAGUGCGUCCACAUUUGGAGCACGCAAACAGGACAGCUGGUGCACAGCUACAAGGGCACCGGCGGCAUCUUCGAGGUCUGCUGGAACUCCAAGGGAACUAAGGUCGGCGCAAGUGCCUCCGAUGGCAGCGUUUUCGUCUUGGACCUGCGAAAGUUCUGAUUGCCGGAGCAGCCACUGUUGGAUUUUGUCUUUUGAGCAAACGCUUAUAUUGGCCAGGUGUCCUUUUCCAACUCAUUAUUCGGUGGAGAUUGAAUCAGUAGGUUUUCACUUCUUUUGAAAAUGAGAAAUUCUAUACUUUUGAUUAUCGUUCACAAAUUAAAUUUAUUAUAUGUAGUAAAGUGAAAUAUCAGUUUCAAUUCUGAAAUUGAAUCGAUUUGGAACUGGAAACCGAGCCGUAUGUAACUUCAUUCAUAGCUAUCCCGCCCUGCAAUCUGUAAUUGUAAUUGCUUUAAGUUCUAAUUAGCUUUUUAAGGUUAAACUCUUGAGAUCCUCCCGCUUUUGUCCACGUCUUUUUCGUACGCUUAGUCUCGAGUCACACAAAAUCGAUAUGCGCCUGGUAUUUCAAGGGCUCCAACUUGGUUGUUGUUCUCUUCCGAUCUGCGGGAUGCGACUCGCCUCUUUUUAAACUUAGUUAUAAGCUCUAUGUUUCUAAGGUCGUCCCUUUUUAUACAGAAAUCGUUUAGUAUAACUUUAUGCAUUUUGUUAUUGUGUCGAUCGAAGAUGCCAGCCAGCACCCCUUCCAAAAAUCCUUAAUCCAAUCCCACUUCGUCCUAGCUAUAGGGAUAUCAAACGAGAUCAGAUCAGAUAGAUUCACGCAUACAUUCAGAACAGUGUAACUGCAGAACCACGUAGUCUGUAAACGAACGUAAGCCUAAGAAUUAUUAAGAACCCGAGAAUGGCAAAAACAAAAACAUCCGCAAAAUCCAUUAAAGAUAAAAACUAA